AUGCAGACCACUCUCGCCGUUCUUGCCGCUGGCCUGUCUCUGGCCGCGGCGCAGACGAUCAACACCUCGGAGCCCACGCUGGCUGAGAUUCGCGCUUCUCAGGCCGUUGUCAAGCCCUACUCGCCUACCUCGAGCGUCAAGGGUCUGGCUUUUGAUCGCUUCUACCAGGUCUGGCUCGAGAACGUGGACUUCACCCACGCGGAGCGUGAUUCGGACCAGGAAUGGCUCGCCAAACAGGGUAUCCUGUUGACCAACUACUUCGGCACUGGUCACACCUCGGAGCCCAACUACUGCUCGGCCGCCAGUGGUGACAGUUACGGAAUGGACAAUGAUGACUUCCAUCAGAUCCCGACCAACGUCUCGACCGUUGCGGAUCUCCUUGAAACCAAGGGGAUCUCCUGGGGCGAGUACAUGGAGGGCCUUCCCUUCCCCGGUUUCCAAGGGUACAACUUCUCCAACCAGGAGACGUACGCCAACGACUACGUGCGCAAGCACAACCCCCUGAUCCUUUUCGACCAGAUCACCAACAACGCGACCAGCCUGCGUCAGAUCAAGAACUUCACCAGCUUCUACGAUGAUCUAGAGAACGAGACCCUCCCGCAGUGGGCGUUCAUCACCCCCAACAUGACCAACGAUGCGCACGACACCAACGUGACCUACGCCACCCGUGUCUUCCUGCGUCCGUUUGUGGAGAACCUGAUGAACAACACCUACUUCUGGAACAACACGCUCCUGAUGCUGACCUUUGACGAGUCGUACGACUACCCCAUCCCUAACCGUGUGUACACCAUCCUGCUCGGCGGUGCUAUCCCGGACCACCUGAUCGGCACCGAGGACGACACCCUAUACACCCACUACUCCAGCCUGGCGACCGUGGAGGCCAACUGGGGCCUGCCCUCGCUCGGCCGCUGGGACUGCGGUGCCAACAUCUUCCAGCUGGUCUCCAACGCCACGGGCUACACCAACUACGACGUCGACACCACCAACCUGCUGAUCAACAGCUCGCUGCCGGGUCCCCUGUCCCUCUCGGAGUACUCGCAGUACCGCUCCACCUGGCCCGUCCCCGCGACCGAGGGCAAGUGCUCGGCCGGCAACGGCAUCCUCAAGUCCGUCGUCGACAUGUACAAGGGCCGCGAGCCGACCUACAACUACACCGACCCCUUCCCCUACGAUGUGAGCGCCGGACUGGACGUCGGCAUCUCCUUCUCGCGCAACGGCACCGUCUACGUGACCGGCACUAACACCUCCUUCACCGAGGCCACCUCCAACACCUCCACCUCUUCUUCCAGCUCGGCUUCCUCGUCCGCCACCAGCGGUGGUGCCGGUAUGACCUCCACCAACUUCGGUCUGCUGGCUCUCGGCCUGGCUGCCUUUGCUCUGGCGUAA